CUCGGACGCGGCUCUCAACAUAUGGAUGAGCGUUUGACCGCGUUAAUCUGACGGACUAAAAUAAUCCCACAGCCCUCAGGUGGCCAGGCCCCGCCCUCUUCCGUUCGCUGUUGAUGUUUCGCUGUCGCGCGCCGUGGCUCGUGCCGUCGCUCGGGGAUUAGCGCGCGCAUGCAGCAGAAUGGCUCGAGCGGCUCGGACGGUUCAGACGGCGGCGGCGGCGGCAGGGAGCGGCAGCCGCGGUCCUUCAGCCCGCUGCCCGCCGCUACGACGAGGGUGCGACGCUUCAUCCAGGAGCGGCGGACGCUGCCGCUUCCGCGGGUGAUGGUGGUGUUCUCGGCCGCCGGAGACACCGAGAAAGCGAGCGAUGCCAUGUCCGGCUCGGACUCUGCGGAGGACCAGCUCCGGAAGACCGUCUCCCCGGCGGCAGCGGCCGCGGCGGCGGCGGCGACCACCAGCAGCCUGGCCGUCAGCAAGCCGCUGCUCAGCUGCGCGCAGGAGUUUCCGGAGGUCAUCUCUCUGAACGUCGGCGGCACCUACUUCACCACGCGCCUCUCCACGCUGCGCAGAUACGAGGACACCAUGUUGGCCGCCAUGUUCAGCGGGCGCCAUUACAUUCCUCGUGAUGCCGACGGACGCUACUUCAUCGAUCGAGACGGGGCGUAUUUUGGUGACAUCCUGAACUUCCUGCGUGAAGGAGAGCUUCCUCACCGAGAGCGGGUGCGAGCCGUACACCGGGAGGCUCAGUACUACGCCAUGGGCCCUCUGCUGGACAGCCUGGAGGACAUGCAGCCGCUCACCGGGGAGAGAGUGCGCCAGGCUUUUCUGGACCUGCUGCCCUACUACCGAGACAAUCUGGAGCGCAUCGUGGAGAUCGCCAAGCUGCGGGCCAUGCAGAAGAAAGCGCGCUUCGCCAAGCUGAAGAUCUGCGUCUACAAGGAGGAGAUGCCCAUCACGCCCUACGAGCGGCCCCUCUUCAACUCCCUGCGCUUCGAGCGCUCGGACAGCGAGGCCAAACUCUUCGAGCACCACUGCGAGGUGGACGUUUCCUUCGGACCCUGGGAGGCGGUGGCCGACGUCUACGACCUGCUGCACUGCAUCGUCAGCGACCUGGCGGAGCGCGGCAUCACGGCCGAGCAGCAGUGCAUCGGCGUCUGCGACAAGCACCUUAUCAACCACUACUACUGCAAGCGGCCCAUCUACGAGUUCAAGAUCACCUGGUGGUGACCGGCUGGCAGCCCAUGUUGGUUCUUCUGUCAAAGCCGCCGGCGUUCUUGCGCUGCUCUCUGGAUGUUCCCCCGUUUUACCUUAGACACACUAACACGCCGGUCCAACAUUCGACCUCUUCCCCUGCUGACGGCAACCGUUUCUUGUUGUCCACGAGAUAGAUAUAUGCAAACUCCACACGGGGAAAAAAGCCCCACGAGAUUCAAACUCAACCUCCAGAAAAGCAGCGCCUAUAGGAACUCUUCCACGUCCGACUGUUGGCAUCGCGUCACCUCAGCUCCCUGCCUUAAUGAUGAUGAAAGAAGGGAGUCCAUCCUUCUCGCCACCAAAAUCAGGGACUGUGAAAUACAUGUUUUAAAUGAGGCGUGCUGAGUCAUCCAUAAGCAACAGGGCAGCCCUCAGAGAAGAGCCACUGGAAAACCCUUCUCAGUUCUCAGUCAAAGUUCUGCGUCCAACACUUGUGGAAGCAGUGCCAAGUUCACACGCUGCACACUUUAUUUUCAUCAUUAUUUAUGUCUUAAAUGGAUUUUCAUGCCCUGAAAUUAGACUCCAAAUCCCAUCCGCCCACAGAUAGGUCGGUAAAUGUCGUUAUAGCUGGAGGGAGCCGAUGACAGGCGACUCCUUGUCUGACUGACAGAGGUUCACGUCUCCUCAGUCUUAACCGCUCUGCAGUGUUACUUUCCGUUCCAUGUCGAGCUGAGUGGCUAUCUCUUGUACUUAACGAGCACUUUGUGAUUGUAAUGAAGAUAUUUUCUUACCUCAAGUCAAAGUGGCUGCUGUCGUCCGCGUCCUCGCCGGUGACCAACCUGUCGAUUCCGUCCGCGACUCGUCACGUGUGAGUGGUGUUUUAUAUCGGUAUUAACCCUUUGAUUUGGCUUCCAGGAAGCUUCGGUUCAGUAUGGUGUUUCUUACAGUGUAUUCCAACUGAUUUGUUCCCUCAUUAAAAACAACGCCGGCUUCCAUCUUGCGUGUC